GUCACGUGGCGAAGCCAAUUAAUUGAAAGAAUUUUCUAUAAGCUUACCCGUAAUUGGACGAAUUUUAACCAAUUAUAUAAGAGAAAGUUAAAGAAGAAAGUAAAUCGCUGUCGGGAAAGAAUUUAACAGCUAAUUUACGUUGUCUUUUGACGUAGGAUGUCGAGUGACAAAUGGCGGGAGAAAAUUUGGUCGAAAGGACAUCUUCCCUAUUAGAGAAGAAGACGUUUACCGAUGUUACCUUUAUAGUCGGGCCCGGCUCUUCUGCUAAGAAAUAUACGGGGCAUAAAGUUCUCUUAGCUAUGACAAGUCCCGUUUUUAAGGUUCUUUUAUCGGGAGAUAUGGCAGACAAGGCCAAGGUUGUAAGAGUCAAUGAUAUUUCGCCCAUUGGGUUUGAAAAUCUUUUACGAUAUGCUUACACCGAUAAUUUGAGCCUUGAGACGGUGGAAGAUGCGAUGCUGACGGCGUACGCCGCUAAAAAGUAUGCUUUACCUCAUUUAAUGAGAGAAUGCAUAGGUUAUCUAGAAGCUAAUGUUUGUCCCAAGUCGGUAUGCGACGUGUACGAAUUUGCGCUUAACAUGGAAGCUCAUCUUCUGGUUUUUCUCUGUCUCAAUAUCAUCGAUCGACAAACGUACCACGUCUUGACGUCUUCUGCGUUUCUAAAGAUUCCAUUCGGAAUCCUGGAGAAGAUAGUUCGACGACCCUACCUCAACAUAUAUUCGGAAUAUACUUUAUAUAACGCCGUUUUCAUGUGGGCGGAACAAGAAUGCAAAAGAAAAAAAUUAGAGCCCGAAAUAGAGAAUAUAAGAGCGAUGUUAGAUCCUUUCUUGCCUCAUUUGAGAUUUUUAGCCAUGUCGGCGGAAGAAUUUUGCAAAGGUCCGGCUAAAUCGGGACUUCUGACGAUAGAAGAAUGUUUUAACGUAUUUAUGAAUCUCGCCGUACCCGGAAGUAGUCAAGUACCGAAAGGAUUUUCGACAGAAACAGCUAAACGCACUUCGCCUCCCGAAUAUUUCGUAUGCCGUCGAUAUAAGACGUUGUCGUUUAGUUCUCCGUCGAGGCCUCUUCGGUUAUUUGGUGCCAGGUUUUCGGUCAUGAAUAGGGACGUGUUUUUAGUCGGAGUCGGUUUUCCAGUCAGGCAAGAAAGGAGCUAUUAUUCCGUCAGGCAACAUAAAAUCGACGGUGUAUUUCGUAUCUUAUAUCGUCCGAUUGAAGGUAAAUUAUCGGAGCGAGAAGAAUACGAUGUGCAAUUCGUUCUUUCCAAAGACAAGGACGUCAGAGUCAAGCUAAACAAGCCGUUUUAUAUAAGAAAAGGAUUGAAAUAUGACGUAGAGCUGCACGUUCAUUCUCUUCUCGUCGAAGAUAUUGUUGUUCCAGUUUUGAAAAAUCGGAAAAAAGAAGAUACCAGUAGAGGUGUGACGUUUCAGUUUUAUCCGUUCCAAAGAGUAAAAAUUGCGAAUGUUUUAGAAAUAUUAGAAUUCUCGGAAAUACUGUUUUAUUGUUGAUUAAAAAAAAAUGGAUUCGACCGUUUAUAAAUUGCCUUCACUGCCUCUAUAAUCGACUCUGCAUUCUUGGUUGGUCCUAGUCCUCAUUAUAGACAUCGACGCUUAAAAUGUUCUAUGAACAUUUCUUAUAUUUUAUGGACAAAAUCUAUUUUUAUUUUGCUUUUUUCUUAUGUAUCGUUAGGAAAGUAUUUUGUUGUGUGCCGAUUCGAUCGAUUAUUCACUGCCGUUUCACGUUUUAUUUUAUUUUUUUAUUUUAUAAUUAUAUAGGUAAGUAAAGUUUCC